GGCAACUCUGCGUGCUGAUCAUAUGAUCACUAAUCAGACAAGUUGUGGGUUUGGCUCUGAAACGUGUGAUAAACUUUCCUUCGUGUCUGGUGGAAGAAGUGUUUUCCAUCUCGUCCGCCAAUUUACUGUUUCAUUUAGUUUAUUUAAACACUAGCAAAAUGGCUCUCAGCGAUGCAGAUGUCCAGAAACAAAUCAAACACAUGAUGGCAUUCAUUGAGCAAGAGGCCAAUGAAAAAGCCGAAGAAAUAGACGCUAAAGCUGAAGAAGAAUUCAAUAUUGAAAAGGGUCGGCUUGUCCAAAACCAGCGGUUGAAGAUUAUGGAGUACUAUGAAAGGAAAGAAAAACAGGUUGAGCUACAGAAGAAAAUUCAAUCUUCAAACAUGCUCAAUCAGGCAAGAUUAAAAGCUCUCAUAGUUCAAGAAGAUCACAUAAAGAAUGUGUUAAAUGAUGCAAGGAAGAAGUUAGGUGAAAUCACCAAGGACCCUGCGCAAUACAGAGAAGUUUUUGAGAAGUUGAUCCUCCAGGCGCUUCUUCAGAUCAUAGAAACCAAUGUUGUGCUCAGAGUGAAAGAGUCAGAAGUAGGAUUUGUGGAGAAACUCUUGCCGAAAGUUACUGAGGAUUAUAAGAAAAUAUCCAAUCGAGACGUUUCUUUGAAGCUUGACACAGAAUCCUUUUUACCUGCAGAAAAUAGUGGUGGUGUCGAAGUUCUAGCCCAGCGAGGAAAAAUCAAGGUUAACAAUACGCUAGAGGCAAGACUAAGCCUUAUCGCCGCACAACUUAUUCCUCAAAUUAGAGUUGCUCUAUUUGGCCGCAAUCCCAAUCGUAAAUUCAAUGAUUAAAUUACUCAUUUCAUGGUGUACCGAAUCCACCUCUUUUUCUGCUGGCUUCAUUUUAAUCUUUAUCAUACAUUCCAGUUCAUCUCUUAAGAAUUCUUAAUUAUUAUUUUCCUUAGUGCAGAAAUCCAUGCUCUGUCAAAGAGGAGGAUUUGCCCAUCUAGUAUUUUUCUUUUAUAGUAAGGGACUUAUUAUUCUUAUUUCAAAUUUCCUUCCAUUUAGUUUUAGUGGCAAGUUGAUUUUACAUUCAUAAUAUCAAAUUUCAGUGCCCAUUUUCAUUUCAUAUCGAAGCGUCUUUUGGAAUUUAAAUGGUUAAUAUUUUCUACUAAUACCAAGCAUUGUUCUUCAGUUUUACCUUAAUCAUUUCUCGUCAUUAAAAGGACUUUUUGCAAUUGUAUAUACCUGUGCCAGAUUUCCCUCCAUUUAAGCAUUUUUUUCUCUUCUGCAAGUAAAUGAAACAUCCGAAGUUCAACACCCUUUCAUUUGCCAAGCUGUUUUCCCAAUAACUUCCUGUACAGUUAAAAUUUCGUCAGCUCUAUUUUUUGCUGUUGUUAUUUUUAUCAGUAGUGUAAAUACGUUCAAAUAAACGUGAACCCACAAAGCUCCGAAUCACUGUUGAAUAAUAAUAAUUAAUGAGAAAAUGCUUUCUCCUUACAAUUGUGGAUAAUGUUUCUACUUUAACACAACACCAUCCUUACACUCUACUUUCCCGUCUCUAUAAAAAAAAAAGCCGAAAUACCAUCUAAGAAUAACAGGAAAAAAAAAUAUUAAUCAUCAAGAAUGCUUGCCACUUUUCAAUAAUGUUUGCCCCUUCUCUCACUCUUUCCCCUCCCCUCUCUCUCUCUCUUUAAUUUUCUACGUAUAAGGAAAAAAAGCCCGAAAAAAUCCCUUUUUUCAAGAAUGAAGCUCAUUUCAAUGAACAAGUUACUAUUUUAUGGUGAUUCUUUGUCCAAAGACCCAGUUGAUUAAAGUAAUACACCUAUUCAGUAAAAACAACUUUCCUAGGAGAGAUUUUUAUGUACUUCUUACUUUUUUCUGUUCAUCACCCAACCAUUGAGCUUUUAACCGUUUUCUUUUUUUUGCAAGUACAUAAUAUGUGUUCGAAACUUCUUUUUGUUCCAUUUUUCUGUACAUUCAUUUUACUUUUCUGUAAAUUUGUCUCGUGAAAUACCUUUCAACGUACUUUUUCGCGUAGGUAUUUGUCAAGAUAUGACUCAUUUCAAGUAGAUCAUUAUUGUUCUGUUUGUUUCAUCUAUUCCCACAUUGAAAAGCUUACUCUUUGACGCUUUGUUAAGAUUUCACAGCACUUGAUACUAUUUGCUGAUACUGAUCAAGUAAGCUUUUGAAAAUCUGGAAACUAAACGGAGAAAGUUUGAUCAUGUAAAUUGAUAUCCAAAGUGAAAGAAAAGAAACCCAUCCAAGCUGAUUACUGACUUCAGUUAUAAUGUUUUCCCAGCCAAUAAUUUUAACCAGGCUGAGUGAGGUGUGACUAUCCUGCUUAUGUCUUGGAAGUAUUUGCAUUAAAUUAAAUUGGUAGGUAAUGAGUAUUAAUAAUGAAUUGUGAUCAGAUAGCUCCAUUAUCGUUGAAGUACUUUUGAUGCGAGGUCGUCCCAAAUGGUCAAAGGUGGUUAAGAAGUAUGUAUCCCCUCUCUUUUAUAAGUAUAGGCGUUUGUUAGGAGGGAAGAAGACCUUCUGAUUUUAAUGGAGGUAUCAUUUCCAUCCAGAAGAAUGAAGCUCCAAACAGCUCUUAAACUAAGUGUCUCAUCACAGCACAAUACAGUUAAUCUUACCAUCCCUUCUCAUCUAUUGGUUUUUUGGGUGGCAAAUGAUACCUCAUUGUUUUUUAAGUAUAUACUAAUUAUUGUUGUUGAAAGUUUUUUUUAUCAUAAGUUAAUUUCAAAGAAUUUAUUCUUUUGAAUUGUUUUAAAUUUAAACUGUGAAAUUUACUGUAAUUCACCUGUGUAUCAAAAACUUAUUAAAUCUUGAUAGAAUAUCUC